GGAAGAGCUAUGUAUUUGUUUACAGUUACAUUUCAAAAGUACGGGAACAUUUAACCGUCCACGUAUGAUUUAAUCAAACGCUGUAUGUCCAUUAUCUUCGAUUUCUGCUACUGAUACUGCAUUUGAUAAAACACAGAAAAUGAGAACAGUGAAUAAAACCGUUUUAAGGCGAUGCUGUGGUUCUGUUGGUCAGUGUUCGGUUGAAUAUUCAAACAUGAGGGAAAAAAACGUCCGACGUCGUUUAUUCGAUCGUGUCGAUCAUGAUGAAACACAACGCAUCCUUCAGCAAGAACUCACAUUUACAUAUGCUAAUAACAACCAGAGAUGGAACUUUGAUUUUCAGAAAGAAAAACCGUUGGAGGGACCUUGGAAGUGGAAGGUAGUAAAGCCUAAUGACCCGGAAAUUCCUCAAGUCUACAGUCGAAUGGUUAAUAUAGGUUUUGGAAACAGCUCAGCUUAUAAAGUCGAUUUUAAAACAGGUGAAAUAUGCACGAAAGGUUCCGAUCUAAUUCAAAAUAAUCCGACAAAAUCAUCCAACACCAAGGAACUUAGAAAACUCAUAUUUUCCAGAAAGAAAAACAAUAUAACGUCAACUGUUCGCAAUUUUAAUACGCGAGGGAAACGUUCAAUAUUACGUCAAUCUUCUGUGUCAGAAAUUUUAUGUGUAAGAAAAUCAGGAAGAAACUUGAAAACAUCUUCCGUCAGACAAGCAGAGAAAAGCCUGAGUUUCUCUUCCACUAGACAGAUAGAGAAAAACCUGAAGUCCUCUUCCACCAAACAGACAGAGAAAAACUUGAAGACCACUUCCAUCAAGCAUACAAAGAGAGGCUUGAAGACCACCUCCACCAGACAGACGGAGAGAGGCUUGAAGACCACCUCCACCAGACAGGCGGAGAGAGACUUGAAGACCACCUCCACCAGAAACAUGGAGAGAGGCUUGAAGACCACCUCCACCAAGCAUACAAAGAGAGGCUUGAAGACCACCUCCACCAAACAGGCGGAGAGAGGCUUGAAGACCACCUCCACCAGAAAGAUGGAGAGAGGCUUGAAAAUCACCUCCACUAGACAGGCAAAAAGAAGCUUGAAGAACACCUCCAACAGACAGGCAGGGAGAAACUUGAACAACGCCGCUACCAUACGGACAGGGAGAACAUGUAAAUCCAGAUCUUUCACCAGACUCAUUUAAAGUGUUGUUACAAGUGGACGUUUGACUUCUCCAUGCUGCUGUUCAUAAACAAUCCUGGGAUACAUCGAAGCAGAUAACUUUUUCCCUCUAUACGAGCUACUGGCCUUGGAUAUUAACUGUGCUCACCGUGUAUGAAACUCAAGACUCUUAGUUAUAUACAAACGAACAUUAAAACAAAAAAUCUAAGAAAUCAAGAAGCCAAAACGAGCGUGAACUUACACUCAAUUUGUUUUUGUUUACUAAACCUGUUAGCAGUUUUUUUUUAUCUAAACGUAGCACAGGCAUAUCAAAUGUUUCAUGAUAAUUUGAGUUAAUCUGGUUACUGAGCCAAGCAGUUUUUAGUUAUAUGGCUUCUAGGAUGAUUCUCCCAGGGAAGACAGCCUUUUCUGUGAAAAUCAUAUAGUUGAAAAGAGAAAGGAAACAUUUUCUUCUUCUCGAUUAAUUGAAAACUGUUUGACUGAAACCUUGACCAAUAUUUUUUUUGUCUCAUAAUUUUCAAAUACAUCUAUUCUGUUUUUUGGUGUUUUUUUUUGUGAAACUGAUCGUUAUUAAUACUUUUAGCUCAUGUUCUGUGGCAGACUUACUUGUUUCUAUUGUAUUAUUUGGUGUAUACUCUUUUUCAUCUAUCUAGAUUGUAUAUUAAUAGAGUGUUGGCACACAUACUUAAAAAAAACAACUGUCAUUAUGUUUUAAAAUUAUACCGGUUCAUGUUUUUUAUAUAUUUUAUUUUAGCUCUUGUUAUGUAUGAUCAUUAAAAAUACAUGAUAAUAUAUACGAACUAAGAGAUAUGUAUGUUAUUGUAAAUGUCCUUUUUUAAUUUUGUAUCGUAUUAUUAUGUAUAUAAAGCUCUCUAUCCUAUUAUUAUGUAUAUAAAGCUCUCUGUGUAAGGCACUUGCUCUGUUUUUGUAACUGCUGCUCUAAAGAAAAUAGUUUUCGAGCAAUAAUUUUAUGUCAAUAGGAGAGAGAGCAAACCCGUGUUGUUGGUUUUUAUCCUUUGACGGCUUCUAAGUUACUUGAAAAAAAGCUAAGUACAUUUUUUAAUAAAAUAAAAUAAUAUUGCUCUACUAAAAAAAAAGGUCAUGUUAUAAAUCUGUAAACCGAUAUUUUAACAUAAUGUUUCACUCUGCUAUUUUCAUCUCCUAGCGUUUCACAUUUUUCUUUAACUACCUUUUAUGAGUAAUUUUCACUCCGUGGGGUAUGUUUGAGUCUAUUUUGUACAUUUUUCAUAAAAAACUAUUUAAAAUAUUUUGCUUAUUUUAUUUCUUUUAAUGAUAUUCUAUUUUCAUUUGACUUUAGUGUACAAAUAUAUAAUUGUAUCAGAGGUUGAAAAAAUUCUGUUUCCACUUCUUUCCAUAACUCUUGUUUGACUGGAAUUUCAUUAAAUUUAAUUAAUUUUGUUAAAAGAAAAAUCUACUUCAUGUGUAAUUUGUAUUGAACAGGAAAGUUCGUCUCACCUUGUAAGUAAUUUAAUAUUUUCUGAUGUUUUAUUUUCCUCGGAAAUUACGAUAUUGAUAUGUACGCUAGAAGUAAACAAACCUUUCCAUUUUUACACUUUUGUUUGCCCUGAAAUCGUUUCACCUUUACGUAAUCCCAUGUGUGUACUCUUCCCGCAAAAAAAAGAAAAUAAACUCCUGUUGUUUCAUUGAAAA